GAGGAGGAGAACUGUGGCCAAACUUCUCAAACUCACUUUCCUAGUGUCUGAUCUCGUGUGAAGAGAAGUCUGAUGUGGACAUGAUGAAGAGUUCGUGUUUUCUUGCUCUUGUCGGUUUGUUGUGGAGAUGUGCUGCUUCUCAACAGAGAGGUCUCUUUCCAGCAGUGUUGAACCUGGCGUCUAUGGCAGAAAUCACUGCCAAUGCAACAUGUGGAGAAAAUGGCUCAGAGAUGUACUGUAAACUAGUGGAUCAUGUACCAGGAAAACCGGUGAAGAACCCUCAGUGUAGAACAUGUAACAUCAACAGUCAACAUGACUACGAGAGGCAUCCCAUAGAGUACGCCAUCGACGGAACAAACAGGUGGUGGCAGAGUCCCAGUAUCAUGAACGGUGUGGAGUAUCAUCACGUCACUAUUACUCUGGAUCUGCAGCAGGUGUUCCAGAUCGCAUACGUGAUCCUCAAAGCAGCAAACUCUCCUCGUCCUGGAAACUGGGUUCUAGAGCGUUCUCUGGACGGUGAAACAUACAUGCCGUGGCAAUAUUAUGCCUUAACAGACACCGAGUGCAUCACACGCUUCAACAUCACCCCCAGAAGAGGACCUCCAUCCUACACGCAAGAUGAUGGGGUCAUCUGUACCUCCUUCUACUCCAAAAUCCAUCCGCUGGAGAACGGGGAGAUACAUACCUCGCUGAUAAACGGCCGUCCCAGCGCUGACGAUCCCUCUCCCACGUUACUGAACUUCACCUCUGCCCGCUUCAUCCGCCUGCGCUUCCAGAGGAUCCGUACCCUUAACGCUGACCUCAUGACCCUGGCCCUGAAUGACCCUCGAGACAUCGAUCCCAUCGUCACCCGACGGUAUUAUUACUCCAUCAAGGAUAUAUCAGUGGGAGGGAUGUGCAUCUGUUACGGUCACGCUAAAGCCUGUCCUCUCAUCCCAAACACAAAGAAGUUCAGCUGUGAGUGUGAACACAACACAUGUGGAGAGAGCUGUGACCGCUGUUGCCCUGGUUACAACCAGAAACCCUGGAUGGCCGGAACCUUCCUGACACGGCACAUCUGUGAAAAGUGUAACUGUCACGGUAAAUCAGAGGAAUGUUAUUAUAACCAGACGGUGGCUGAUGCUAAACUCAGUUUAAAUCUUCAUGGACAAUAUGAAGGAGGCGGAGUCUGCAUCGGUUGCACUAACAACACAUCUGGGAUGAACUGUCAAUCUUGUGCUGAUGGUUACUACAGACCAGCAGGGGUGAGGCCGGAUGAAGAUGGGCCCUGCAGACGAUGUUCAUGUGAUGUGAGAGGUUCUCUUCAUUCUGCGUGUGUCCCUGAUGACAGUCAGUCCACCACAGAUCUGGCUGUGGGCUCAUGCAUGUGUAAGCAGGGAUACGCAGGUGCGAAGUGUGACAGGUGUGUGUUUGGAUACACUGGAUUCCCUCAGUGUGAACCCUGCGCCUGCAGCAGUGACGGAAGCCUAAACCAAGACCCCUGCCAACCGCCCUGCGUGUGUAAGGAACAUGUCGAGGGGCAGAACUGUGACCGCUGUAAACAGGGAUUCUAUCAUCUCCGUGGAGACCGUCUCCGUGGAUGCGAGAAGUGCUACUGUUCUGGGCUGGCCAGCCUGUGUACAGAAUCCCACUGGGACUACAGUAAUGUGACACAUAUGUCUGGCUGGUAUCUCACAGGAGCAGAAGGGGAGGGGUUAGUGUGGGCGGUGCCCAGCAGAGACACACCCAAUCAGGUCACUGGGAGCCAAUCAGAUGCCCAAACUCACCUUAAAGCCCCCUACUACUGGAGCGCCCCAUCUGCUUACCUGCAGAAGAAACUGUUGUCAUAUGGAGGCAGGCUGAUGUAUAGUGUAUCUGAUGACACUGAUGGUCGUCACGUCUCCUCUGGUCCUGAUGUCAUCAUGGAGGGCGGCGGUCUGAGUUUGAUUGACAGCAGGUCUGUUGUGAGGGUGUCUGUGGCCGAGCGGAGGAUAGAUCUUCUUCCAGAAAGUUUCCAGCAUCAGGCGUCAGGUUUGGCUGUCAGUAAGAGAGACUUUCACACUGCACUCAACAACAUCCAGCGUGUGCUCCUGCGGGCAUCUUCCGGUCAGGAACACGUGAGUGCCCUCUACAGGUUGGGUGCGGUGACCAUGCACGUUGCGGCCGUGGACGCUCGCAGCGGUGUUCAGGCACGUGAUGUGGAGGUGUGUCAAUGUCCUCCUGGAUAUGAAGGCACUUCCUGUGAGAUGUGUGCUGUGGGUUACCGCAGGGUGAACGGGACCGUGUAUCGUGGUGUGUGUGAACUCUGUCACUGUCACGGACACGGCGAGCGCUGUGAUGACAUCACUGGACACUGCCAGGACUGUAGGGAGCACACAGAAGGAGAGAACUGUGAGCGAUGUGCUCCUGGUUACUACGGAGACGCCACCCAGGGAACAGCCAAUGACUGUCAGCCGUGUGCCUGUCCUCUUCUAAGUCCAUCAAACAAUUUCAGUCCCACGUGUCUCCUGGAUGGCAGAGGUGAGGUGGUGUGUGACAGAUGUCCGGCCGGCUACACCGGUGCACGCUGCGACAGGUGUGCUAACGGCUAUUUUGGUCGUCCUGACAUUCCCGGAGGUUCCUGUGUGCCGUGUGUGUGUAGCGGUAACCUGGAUCUCACAGCAUCUGUCAGUUGUGACGCUGUGAGCGGAGCGUGUCUGCGCUGUCGAGAGGGAUACGGAGGAGCGGCCUGUGAAACAUGUGAUGACGGAUUCUUUGGAGAUGCUCUGGUAGACAAGAACUGCCAACCGUGUGCGUGUCACCUGAACGGAUCGAUGUCUGACGUGUGUCAUCAGGAGACGGGUCAGUGUCAGUGCAGAAAUCAUGUGAUUGGACGUCAGUGUGAUGAGUGCAUGCCCAAUUGUUGGUGGGACAGUGAGUCUCAGUUGUGUAAGGCGUGUCAGUGUAGUCUCCGGGGCUCAGUGUCCCGGCGCUGUGAUUCUGAGGGCAGGUGCAUCUGUCGCGCCGGUUACCUGGGCCGCAGGUGUGACCUUGUGCGCCCGCCUCUCGCACGCAGGGAGACCCGCCGACCCGUCCAACAGGUUCCCAUCCAGAACAUCCAGAGAUGGGAGAGCAGAGGGGGCUGCCCGCGAGGGGCUUACCGCCCCAGUACAGGGUCGGGCACACACAUGCAGGGCGGUCAGGGUUGUGUGCCGUGUCACUGUAACUCUUUUGGGUCCAAGUCUUUUGACUGUGAUGAGAGCGGUCAGUGUCGCUGUCAGCCCGGCGUCUCUGGACAGAAGUGUGACCGCUGCGCUCCGGGACACUUCAGCUUUCAGGAGGGCGGCUGUACACCGUGCCAGUGUGCUCAUGUGGGAAAUAACUGUGAUGCAAACACAGGUCAGUGUAUCUGUCCACCCAACACUGUGGGAGAGAGAUGUGACAGAUGCGCACCCAACCACUGGGGUCAUGACAUCACCACGGGCUGUAAGGCGUGCGGCUGUAGCGUGUUUGGUUCUGUCACGCAGCAGUGUAACAUCAACACCGGCUGCUGUGCGUGUCGUGAGCAGAUCAUGGGUGAGAAAUGUGACGAGUGCAAACUGGGUUACAGAGAUUUCCCACAAUGCAUCUCCUGUCAGUGUGCGGCGGCCGGCUCGUCUGCAGACACCUGCGAUGCAGUUUCUGGUCUCUGCGCAUGUGCAGACAGAAGUGGACAGUGCUCUUGUAAGGCUAAAGUGGAGGGUGUGAAGUGUGAUCGCUGUAAGAUGGGAUCAUUCGGCCUCAGUCACAGGAACCCAAUGGGCUGCAGUCAGUGUUACUGCUUCGGCUUGAGCAGCUCAUGUACUGAAGCUACAGGACUCAUACGAAUGAGACUGAGUCUGAUGCCCGAGCAGACAGUUCUUCCUCUGGUGGACAGAUCCAGCGGACAGGAGAUCACAGCGGGCGUGACCUUUCAGCAUCCUGACAUCAUCGCCAAUGCCAAUGUCGUCCAACAGCAUCUGAGUGAACCCUACUACUGGAAACUGCCCAAACAAUUCAGAGGAUCCAUGAUAACAGCCUACGGUGGGACGUUAAAGUACGCCAUCUAUUAUGAGGCACGUGAUGAGACGGGCCGCACCUCCUACGAGCCGCAGGUCAUCAUCAAAGGCGGUCCCAGCAGGGACCAGGUCAUGGUUCGCAACAUGCCGCCGUUUCAGAUUGGUCAGCUGACCCGUCAUGAGAUUGACAUCACAGAGCACGAGUGGAAACACAAGGACGGAGGAGUGAUGUCCCAUCAGGACUUCAUGGACGUGCUAUUUCAUGUGGAUUAUAUUCUGAUCAGAGCUUCACACGGCAGCGUCAUGAGACAAAGCAGAAUCUCAGAGGUCUCUGUGGAGGUGGCUGAGGUGGGCACAUCGUCACAGGACACUGAAAUGGCUCAUCAGAUUGAGAAAUGUGACUGUCCUCUGGGAUACGCCGGCCUCUCGUGUGAGGAAUGUGCGGCCGGGUUCUACAGACUGUGGGCUCAGGAGGGCGGUGUGGCGUCCAGGACAGGCUUUGGCAGCUGUGUUCGGUGUCAAUGUAACGGCCACAGUGACUCAUGUGAUCCUGAAACAUCCGUGUGUCAGAGUUGUCAGGAUAAUACCGUAGGAGAGAAGUGUGAGAGAUGCGCUCCGGGCUUUUAUGGUGUGGUGCGAGGCUCAGCGGACGACUGUAAACCCUGCGCAUGUCCUCUCCUCAACCCCGAGAACAAUUUCAGUCCCGGGUGUCAGACGGAGGGUUUGGGUGAGUACCGCUGCACGGCCUGUCCUGAAGGGUACACGGGAAAACACUGUGAGAGGUGCGCUCCUGGUUUCCAUGGUAACCCCAGCGUGCUGGGCGGCCGGUGCGAGGAGUGUAAGUGUGAUGCGUACGGCGCAUUUCCCUCGCCAUGUGACACUGUGUCCGGCCGGUGCCGGUGUCGUCCUGGUGCCGAUGGACUGAAGUGUGACCAGUGCAUGAAGAAGCAUGUGUGUGGCCCUGCGGGCAUCGUGUCGUGUGAUGACGACUGCGCAGGACUCUUGAUUGGUGACAUGGAACGUCUGCUGCGUUUGAUUGGCAGUGUCAAUCUCACUCUGCCCCUCCCCCUGCCAUAUAAAGUGCUCUAUCGCUUUGAGAACAUGACCGAAGAGCUGAAGCACAUGCUUUCACCACAGAGGGCGCCGGAGAGACUGAUGCAGCUGGCCGACAGUAACCUCAACAGCCUGGUGACCGAAAUGAAUGAGCUGCUCAACCGAGCAAUUAAAGUAUCUGCUGAUGGUGAGCAAACAGCAGCUGAUGCAGAGAGGAGUCGUAAAGCUGCAGAAGACUUGGAGCUCUUCGUAAGGAACACACUUCUGUCUGCUGAAGCUUUACGGGACAAAGCCCGAGAACUGAACUCGACCCUUGGCUUGAGGAACGGAGCUCCAGAGAAGAGCGUCAAUGAGAUGAACGAUGAAAUUCAAGCCAUGCUGACAGAACUACGCAAACGUCAGCUCUCCGGCAAGAAACGCAUAGCUGAGGAGGAAGAAAGGGCCGCACAGGGUCUUUUGGCUAAAGUGAAGCGUUUGUUUGGAGAUCCACACCAGACCACAGAGGACCUGAAGAAGGAGGUCAGCAGUAAGAUGAGCGAUCACAGACAAAAACUGGAUGAAGCUCAAGAUCUUCUGAAGGAAGCUCACAGUAGAACCAGAGAAGCUGAAAAUCUGUCUGUUAACAACCAGCAAAACCUGGACAGCCUGCAGGGAAAGAAGGAGGCAGUCACUAAGAAGAAAAAAGAAACAGAAGGAACUCUGGAGGAUGGGGAGAAGAUGCUUGAUGAAGCGAACGCUCUCUCAGACAGCAUCAACCGCGGCAGAGAGGAGCUGGAGGAGAUGGCAGGAGAGCUGGGUGUCCUGCAUGAUAAACUGGACUUUAAGGUGGAGCGGUUGAGUCGAGGUCUGGACGACACUGUCCCUGAUGUUCUGAUGAGAGCAGAGGAACACGCCGCACAACUCAAUGACUCUGCCGCGCAGCUCGAUAGUAUUCUAGCUGAUGCAAAGAAUUUGUCCUUCAAUGCAACCGCUGCCUUCAACGCCAACACCAACAUCAAGAACUACAUCGAUGAGGCUGAGAAAGUGGCCAAAGAGGCCAAGAAGACCAUCAAUGAAGCUUUACAGCUGACUUCAGGACCCAGAGGAUCUCUGAAAGAUCAGGCCAAAGCUUCUGUCCAGAAGAGUUAUCGUCUGUGGAAUGAAGCCAAAGAUCUCCAGAAUGAUGUGAAAGAAAAUGGAGAUAAUGUUGCAGCUCUUCAGUUCAGACUGAAAUCAGCCGACAGAAAGAAGAAAGAUUUACAGAGACAACUCAACGACACCAUGGAGAAGCUCAACACCAUCCCAGACGAUCUGGCAGUGAAGAUCCAGGGCACUAAAGCCAAGGCAAAGGAAGCAAACGACACAGCGGUAGACGUCCUGAACCGUCUGAAGACAAUGAACCUCAAUCUGAUGGGCUUCAAGAAAAACUACAGUAAACUGGAGGAUGAUGUGAAGAAAGUCAACAACCUCAUCAAAGAUCCUGAGAGAAACAUUCACUCAGCCGAUUCCAAAGUGAAAGAUCUUGAGAAUGAGGCUGACAGGUUGUUGGAGAAAAUCAAGCCGAUUCAGGAGCUUCAGGAUAACCUGAAGAAAAACAUCUCUCAGAUCAAAGACCUCAUCAACCAGGCCCGCAAACAGGCCAACUCUAUUAAAGUGUCGGUGUCAUCAAGUGGAGACUGUAUCCGUACGUAUCGUCCAGACAUCAAGAAAGGCCGAUACAACACCAUCAUUCUUCACGUCAAGACCCUCGCUGCUGAUAACCUGCUGUUCUACCUCGGCUCGGCCAAAUACGUGGAUUUCCUGGCGAUGGAGAUGAGGAAGGGGAAGGUGAAUUUUCUGUGGGAUGUUGGAUCAGGGGUGGGUCGUGUUGAAUAUCCUCAUCUCAUCAUCAAUGAUGGAAACUGGCAUCGGAUCGAAGCCUCACGUCUGGGUCUGAACGGCAGUAUCUCAGUUAAAGCUCUGGAGGGUUCGAGGACGAGCAUGACGGCCGUUCACACGAGCUCCAGAUCUCCUGAGAGUUACACUGUUCUGGAUGUGGAUCAGAACGCUUAUCUGUUUGUUGGAGGAAUGCUGGACUCUGUGAAGAAGGCAGAUGCUGUGAAGAGCACCACAUUUUCAGGCUGUAUGGGGGAAACAUCUCUGGACGGGAAACCCAUCGGUCUAUGGAAUUACAAAGAGAGAGAUGGAGAUUGUGCUGGUUGUGUGGUCAGUCCACAGCCUGCAGACACUGAAGGUACGGUUCAGUUUGAUGGUGAGGGAUACGCAGCUGUCAGUCGUCCCAGCAGAUGGAAUCCCAACAUUUCCACAGUGAUGUUCAAGUUCCGCACCUUCUCCACAGACGCUGUCAUCAUGUACUUUGCCACUAAGGACAUGAAAGACUUCAUGAGCGUGCAAGUGACUGACGGGCGGGUGAAAGUGAGCUAUGAUCUGGGUUCAGGCACCGCCUCUGUCACCAGCAACAGACGUCAUAAUGAUGGGAAGUGGAAAUCCGUCACCAUGUCCCGCACGAAGAAAGAAGCAAGGAUCACCAUAGUGAACAUUGAGACAAAUGAAGACGAGCACUUGGACUUGAAUUCUACAGGAGGCGCUACAGGACUCAACCUGAGGGAGGAUGAGAGGAUGUAUUUUGGAGGUUUACCCAAAGCUGGGAAGUACAGGUCAGAGGUGCUUCAGAAGGGAUUCUCCGGCUGUAUGAAAGACAUCGAAGUUUCCAGAAUUCCAUACAAUCUUCUGAGCAGCUCGGAUUACACGGGACUGAUGAAAGGAUGCUCGAUUGAGAAUCUUCACACUGUGAGCUUCCCCCGGCCCGGCUACAUGGAGCUAAAGCCCAUGACGUUUGACGUGGGCUCAGAAAUCACUCUGUCCUUCAGCACAAAGAAAGACAAUGGCACUAUUCUGUUCGGAAGAGGAGGCGUGACGUCCAUGACCCAGAUCCUGACCCCUGUCCACAUUCCCCGCAGGUCCCGCAGACAGACGGGAGAGCCCUACCUGUCUGUGCAUCUGAAUAAAGGAGCUCUGGAGGUGCUGGUCUUCAUGGGCAUGAAGAAUCCUCGCCGAGCCAUCAGAAAACCAGACCGAGGAAUACUGCAUGAUGGAGUAGAGCAUUCACUGCGCAUCCAGAGACAAAGAACAUCUUUCUCUGUCCAGGUGGAUGAAGAGCCUGUGAUACAGCAGACGUUGCUCAAUGAUCAUCCGGUCAACAUUCAUCGUCUGUUCAUCGGUGGAGUUCCAUCUGAUGUGGGAUCAGCUCUACAGAGGGCCAACGUGCCGUUUGAGGGCUGCAUCUGGAAUCUUCUGAUCAACACUGUGCCUGUGGAUUUCUCCCAGCCCGUCGCCUUUGAGAACGCAGAGAUUGGUCAGUGUCCUGACUUGGCUCCACCCCCUUCCCCACCUGAGGAGAAAGAAGAAGAAGAGGAGGAGGAGGAGGAGGAGGAAGAGACUCCGCCCACGGCAGCAGUGAAGCCUCCACCUGCAUCUUCCACGGGCUUGUGUGCUGCUGAAGCAGAUCCUGUUGUAUUGCAACUGGCCAAACAGUUCGGUCUGUCCAGAAACAGUCACAUGGCCUUUGAGUUUGAUGAUAGAAAGGUGAAGAACCGGUUGAUCAUCGAGUUUGAGAUACGAACAGAAGCAGAUUCUGGUCUGGUCUUCUACAUGGCCAGAAUAAAUCACGCUGACUUCGCCACCGUCCAAGUGAAGGAAGGAAGGGCUCAUCUGAGUUAUGAUCUGGGCAGCGGUAACACCUCCGUCAGCGUGCCGCGUGUCAUCAAUGACGGAAAGUGGCACAAGAUCCGUGUGUUGAGAGACAAGCAGAACGGAACUCUGACCAUCGACGGCCAUCACUCCAGAAACACAACCAGUCCAAAGCAAGCGGAUAUUCUGGAUGUUGUGGGAAUGUUGUAUGUGGGGGGUUUACCUCUCAAUUACACAACCAAACGCAUCGGACCUGUGUUGUACAGCAUCAACGGCUGCAUCAGGAACUUCAGGAUGUUAAAUCUGCCGUUGGACAUGGAGAAGCCCUCCUCCAGUUAUCGGGUGGGCACCUGCUUCGCUAACCCACAGAAGGGAACUUAUUUUGAUGGCACAGGGUAUGCCAAAGCCGUGGCUGCAUAUCGAGUUGGUAAUGAUGUAUCUGUGGAUCUUGAGUUCCGGACAUCCCAGAGCAGUGGAGUUCUGUUAGGGGUCAGCAGCCAAAACAUAGAUGGACUUGGUAUUGAACUUGUGAGCGGAAAGCUUCUGUUCCACGCUGAUAAUGGAGCAGGCCGCUUUACAGCCAUAUAUGAGCCUGGUCAGGGGGCGGGGCUUUGUGAUGGACAGUGGCACACUGUCUCCGCCCAUAAGCUGAAGCACCGCCUUGAGCUGAUUGUGGACGGCAGAAAGUCUGAGGCAGUGAGUCGUGAUCCUCAAUCGCCCUCUGCUGACACCAAUGACCCUGUGUAUGUGGGAGGGUACCCCGACGGUCUGAAUCAGUUUGGACUCACCAUAAACACAUCAUUCAAGGGCUGCAUGAGAAAUCUGAAGAUCACUAAAGCUGCCAAGACCCUCGAGGUGCAAAUGAACAAAGUCCUGGAGCUCAGAGGAGUUCAGCCUCUCACCUGCCCUGCUGCAUAAACACACACACCAACACAAACACACAUGAAAAUAAUCAGUCAAUCAUAUAUAAAUCACAUGCAAAAGUACAGACACCAAAACUGUGUUUAAAGGGACAGUCCACACACAUUUACUCACCCUCCUGUCAUUUCAUACCAUGUAAGGCCUUUGUUCUGAUGAACACAGAGAAAGUCAUUUGAGUCAUUUUUAGUUCUGGGAUAUCAUCCACUACCAUAGCAGAAAACAAAUGCCAGUCAAAGUUUGUUUUCCUAAAUUCUUCAAAAUAUCUAAUUUUGUGUUCAACAGAACUACUAUGGUAGUGGAUGAUGGCCUAGGAAUGUCAUUUGCUGACAUUCUUCCAAAUAUCUCUCUUUGUGUUCAACAGAACAAAGAAUUUGAAACAUAUUUGAAACAACCUGAGGGCGAGUAAAUGAUGACAGAAUUGUCAUUUUUGGGUGAAGUAUCCAUUCAAGGUCCGUGACAAUUAUGCAGCUCAACUGAAGAAUGAUUCAUGAAGAGUAAUAGAUGAGGUUUUAUUUGCCGUGUUAUUCAUCUGAACACCUGCAUGUGGAGUUAAUUUCAUGACAUCAUCAGUGAAGAUCAUUAUACAUCACAUCCCAUCACAACACAUGGAAGCAAGUGUGAUGUGAACACAUUAUAGAUUUGAUGUAAUCGAACUGAAUGUUUAUCAUCAGUGUGUUUUAUUUUCUCAAAUGUGUUUGUUUAGCAUGAACUGAAUAUUUCAAAAUAAAGAAAUCUCCCCUGC